AUGUCCACUGCUGAAAUUGCCCAACUUUUAGAAAACACAAUUUUAAAUCCAGAUGGUAAUGUCCGUCUUCAAAGUGAAACUCAAUUAAAGACUUUAUCAAAUGAGAAUUUCUUGCAAUAUGCAGGACUGUUGUCUCAAGUGUUAAUUGAAAAGUCAUAUAAGAUGGAAGCACGUAUUUUAGCUGCUUUAUCUUUAAAGAAUGAAUUAAUUGCCAAAGAUUCUGUUAGGUCUAAACAGUUUGCACAACGUUGGAUUACACAAAUUGACACCAACUCUAAACAACUUAUUAAAAAUAAUGCACUACAAGCUUUAGUAUCUUCCGAGGACCGUGUAGCAAAUGCUGCUGCUCAAUUGAUUGCUGCUAUUGCAGACAUCGAAUUACCAAUUGGUGAUUGGCCAGAGUUGAUGAAAAUUAUGGUUGAUAAUACCAACCCAAGUCAACCAGAAAAUGUCAAAAGAGCCUCCCUAUUAUCAUUAGGCUAUAUUUGUGAAAGUGCAGAUCCUCAAUCUCAAGCUCUAAUAUCAGAGUCCAACAAUAUAUUAAUUGCGAUUGUGCAAGGUGCUCAAUCAUCCGAACCGUCUAAAGCAGUCAGAUUAGCUGCUUUAAAUGCUUUAGCAGAUUCUUUAAUAUUUAUUAAAAAUAACAUGGAACGUGAAGGGGAAAGGAAUUAUUUAAUGCAAGUUGUUUGCGAAGCCACCCAGACAAAUGAGAGUGAAAUCCAAGCUGCAGCUUUUGGUUGUCUUUGUAGAAUUAUGUCCUUAUACUAUUCUUUCAUGAAACCAUAUAUGGAACAAGCUUUGUAUGCAUUGACUAUAUCUACUAUGGAGUCAGCAGAUGAUAAGGUUGCUUCAAUGACAGUUGAAUUCUGGUCUACUAUUUGUGAAGAAGAAAUCGAUAUUGCCUAUGAAUUGGCACAAUUCCCAGGAUCUCCAUUACAGAGUUUCAAUUUUGCAUUAGCCUCUUUAAAAGAUGUUGUACCAACUUUGUUAAAGUUACUAACUAGACAGAACGAAGAUUUUGAAGAUGAUGAUUGGAAUGUCUCAAUGUCUGCAGGUGUCUGUCUACAAUUAUUUGCUCAAAACUGUGGUGACGCUAUUUUAGAACCUGUGUUACAAUUUGUAGAACAGAAUAUCACAAAUUCUGAUUGGAGAAGACGUGAAGCUGCAGUUAUGGCAUUUGGUUCUAUUAUGGAAGGUCCAAAUAAAGAUCAAAAGAUAUAUUAUAUUCAUCAGGCUCUACCUGCUAUUUUAAACUUAAUGAACGAUCAAUCACUUCAAGUAAAAGAAACAGCAGCCUGGUGUAUCGGUAGAAUCGCUGAUAUAGUAGUAGAUGCUAUUAACAUUAAAGAUCAUUUACCAAAUGUUAUACAUUCUUGUGUCAGUGGAUUAGGCGAUCAUCCAAAGAUUGCUGCUAAUUGUGCGUGGACCAUUAUUAACCUAGUUGAACAGUUAGCGGACCAGACUCCAUCCCCAAUUUUUAACUAUUACCCAGUUAUUGUUGACUCAUUAAUUGCUGUAGCUAACAGAUCUGAUAACGAGUUUAAUGCCAGAGCUUCUGCUUUCUCUGCCUUAACCACCAUUGUAGAAUGUUCAAACAACGAAGUUGCUGAGACAACUGCUUCUAUUUCUAGCUUUGUUAUGGACAAGUUAGGACAAACUAUGUCUGUUGAUGAAUCUCAAUUACCUAUGGAGGCUCUACAAAGUUUACAAGAACUACAAUCCAAUAUAUUAACCGUUCUUGCUGCUGUGAUUAGGAAGUCACCAAGUAGUGUUGAGACUGUUUCCGAUAUGCUAAUGGAAUUGUUUAUGAAAUUAUUAGAUAAAAAAGACUCUACAUUUAUCGAAGAUGAUGUUUUUUAUGCAGUGUCUUCCUUGUCAUUCUCCUUAGGUUCAAAAUUUGAAAAAUAUUUAGAGGCCUUUUCUCCAUAUCUUGUGAAAGCAUUAAAUCAAGUGGAUUCCACUAUUGCAAUUACUGCAGUAGGCUUUGUUGCUGAUAUUGCUAACUCUUUGGGUGAAGAUUUUAAGAAAUAUGCAAGUGCAUUCAUGAGUGUUUUAGGUCAAAUGAUCUCCAAUUCUAACUCCAAAAAAGAAUUAAAACCGGCAGUAUUAAGUGUGUUUGGUGAUAUAGCUUCCAAUAUUGGUGCUGACUUUACCCCAUAUCUAGGUGAUGUUAUGAAUUUAUGUGUUGCAGCCCAAAAUACAAAACCAGAAAAUGGCAGUUUAGAUGCUAUAGAUUACUAUAUUAAAGUGCUUGAAGCAGUCCUAGACGCUUAUGUUGGUAUUGUAGGUGGUCUUCACACAAAUCCACAAGUUAUCUACGAGUACGUUGGAACUAUUUUCCAAUUUAUAACGCUCGUAGCAGAAGAACCACAGUUAUACAGUGAUGACUCAGUUUCCAGAUCUGCAGUAGGUUUAAUUGGUGACAUUGCAGCUAUGUAUCCUGAUGGAUCUAUUAAGCAAUUUUACGGCCAAGAAACCAUCAUCGAUUUUAUUAAGAAAACGAGAAGUAAUCCAACAUUCUCUCAGUCUACUAAAGCUACUGCAAGAUGGGCUAGGGAACAACAAAAGCACCAAUUAACCUUGUGA